AUGGGACCCAGGCCGGUCAAAAGCCAAGUUUCCAUCAUGGCUCCUGGAGGUGAGAAGAGAACCCAGAUGAAUCCCUUCAGCCAAGUUUCCUCCACCGUCCUGUGGAUUCUUCUCGCCACCUUGGCCACCAUCUGCCUUGUGGUCCUGAUGACGGUGAGCUACCUAUAUGCAGCCUUGGUCAACAAACCCCCCCAUCCACUCGAGGAAUCAAUGAAGAAGCUGGGGGUCACCAUAGCAGUUGGCCUGAGAAGUCCGACGAUCAAACAUGAAGACGCCCUGAAGGUCGCAGAGGAAGCGGUGAGGCUACCAGACCACAUAAAAGACUCUGGAAAGACUUUCAAUGACCAGAAAAAAAAGUACAACUCCCUCUUCAGGAAAAGUCAAAAAUCUGGGACGGAGUGGCAGCCUUUUGGGAAUGGCCUCUACUACAUAUCCCAGGGGAAAAAGACCUGGUACGAGGCGGAGAACUUCUGCAUGUCCAGAGAAGCCCAUCUGACCUCCGUCCUAAGCUCCGAAGAGCAGAACUAUGUGACUUCGCAGCUCACCGAGCCUGCAUGGAUCGGCCUGAUCGACGGAGGACAAGAAAAGUGGGAAUGGACCGAUGGCUCCAGAUUAAUAGCACAGUUCUGGUCUCAGGGUCAGCCCGGCCACUCGAAGCGCCUUGGAGGCGGAGACCAAGACUGCGCAAUUAUCGUCCCAUCGUCUAAAGGACAGAACUGGAAUGACGUUGACUGCAGUCAGCUGAAUAGAUGGGUCUGCAAAGGAACUCUGGGUGCUGAAGAGCACAAAAUCCAUCAAACACAUUGA